AAAUUGAAUUCAGCAUUCAGCCUUUAUUUUAAUCCGUAAUAGUUUAUGUUUAAUACAGUGAAUUUGUGAAAUUUAUCAAUGUUCUUUAUUUGAAUUAAUCGUUUUUGUACGAAAUAAUAUAGCGGUUUAUCAACAGUUUUCAGGCUUCCCUCGGCUAUAUUUGGAUUUUAAAGUAUUGUAUAAUUCAUUUGGCAAAAUCAAGGCGUGUCAGAAUUAAACAAAAUAUAUACCGUGAUUUAGCCAAUUUUACAGAUCAAACAUUGUUUACAAUUUGGGCUAAAACCUACAUAUUUAUAUGUAACCUUUGAAUUGAUAUUUCAAUUUGUGCUUUGCUAAUAAUAACAUUCGAAUUCAAUUUGUACAAAUUGUAAUAAAACAAUCCAAUAUUAUGAUCACGUUUUAUAGGAGCAAGUCAUCAUUCAACAGCAAAAAUCUUGCAGAUUUUAUAGAUACCCCAGAGUGCAUAGAAAUAAGGAAACACAUGUACAGCGUGCUGGAAAAUGACCCUCUUUUCCAUCGUCCAGAGGGGAACCAGACUCUAGACGAUAUCAGGAAAAGAACUCAGCUGCAGGCCAAAAGAAUCAUAGAUUAUGGUUUUCUCCAUGAUCAUAGAGGGAAAACUAUGCCAUUGUAUUACCAAGCUUUGGUGACGGCCUUGGUGCAGUAUGAUAUCUGUGUCCUGUUCAAGUCUACGAUAUCAGUACAUUUUUUCGGAGCUUGCAUCAGGGGACUGGGUACUGCUGAACAGCAGAAAUACUUUGAUGACGCCUAUGAUGAGAAGCUCUCAGGAUGCUUUGCCCUGACGGAGGUGGCCCAUGGGACAGACGCCAAGCGUAUGCGCACCACGGCUACUUACGAUCCUCAUACUAAGGAGUUCAUUCUUCAUUCUGAGGAUUUUGAAUCGGCCAAAUGUUGGAUUGGAAACUUGGGUCAAGGAGCAACCCACGCCACGGUGUUCGCUCAGCUGGUGACUCCAGAUGGAAAGCGGCAGGGGCUCCACGCCUUUGUGGCCCCAAUACGAGACCCCAACACCUACCUGGCGUACCCCGGAGUCUUGGUGGGAGACAUGGGGGAGAAGAUAGGGCUCAACGGCAUGGACAAUGGGUUCUGUAUGUUCAACCAGUACCGAAUACCAAGAGAAAACCUUCUCAGCAAAUUUGGUGAGGUCUCUGAAGAUGGCCAGUACCAUUCGAUGAUAAAAGAUCCAAAUAAGAGAUUUGUGUUUUCACUGGGUACCCUGAUAGGGGGUCGGAUGGCAACACUCAACAUGUGUGUUGCCUUGCUGUCCAACGCUGUGACCAUUGCAGUCCGCUACUCCGCUGUGAGGCAACAGUUCGGGCCAUCAGAUGACUGUGAGCUGUCCAUCAUAGAGUAUCCUCUUCAGCAAUGGAGGCUGUUCCCUUACCUGGCGUCUCUGUUUGCGAUGAAGGCAGCGGCUAGAGAGCUCCAAGUGAGACACUUCUACUUGACCCGCAAGUUGCACGAUCCUACACAGCUGAUCAGUCAGGAGGAGAUGAAUGCCCUGACAGAGAUGCACGCACUGUUGUCGGCAUGCAAGGCAGUGUUCAGCUGGACCACCCAGGCAGCCAUACAGCAGUGUAGAGAGGCUUGUGGAGGCCACGGGUAUCUCAAGUGUGCUGGGUUUGCGGGGUUGCGCAAUGACAACGAUGCCAGCUGCACGUACGAAGGGGACAACAACGUGCUACAGCAGCAGGCCAGCCAGUGGGUGGUACGGCUGUGGGGGCAGCGGCAGGAACAGCGAGACCAAUUCCCCCUCGGCUCGGUGGACCUCCUGUACCGCAGCCGAGCGGACCACAUGUCUGCUGCCAGCGAGAGGGAGUUUUGUCACCCUCCAGUCCUCCUCGAAGCCUACGAGUGGCUGGUGUGUUGGCUGGCGGAGAAGACGUCACAGUUGUACCAGUCCCAAGUGGAGAGAGGCACUGACAGGUUCACGGCACGGAACCACUCUCAAGUCUAUCGGGGCAGGAGUCUCUCUCUGGCCUACGCUGAGCACUACAUGCUGAAGUGUCUGUGGAAGCAGUGCGAGGCAGCUGAGCAGCAGUGUGCUGACAGCCACGGUGUGCUGACCCAGCUGUGUGCACUAUUCGGCCUCAGCAGCCUGGAGAAACAUCAAGUCUUCCUGCAUCAAGGAGGCUACAUAGACAACAGUCAAAGUGAAAUGAUCCACUCUGCCAUCCUUACCGUGUGUGGACAGCUGAAGAAUGAAGCUGUGUCGUUGGUGGACGUGGUAGCCCCUCCUGACUUCAUCCUCAACUCUGUGCUCGGCCACUCCAGCGGAAAAGUGUACAAGUACUUGGAGCAAGCGUUGAUGACUACUGCAGGCAACUUGGAGCGCCCCGCCUGGUGGACCGAACUGUCUGGCAAGUUUCGGUCUCGCCUUUAACAUCGGCAUCAACCUUUGGUGCCAUAGAUAACCUAUAUCUGAGUGCCAUUGUGGUUUCUAUUCGAGGAGCGGGCUAACAUAUUGGUUGAAGCAUCAUGUUUCAACACAUAUUAAUAUUUUUGAUAAGUAUUUUGCUCUAUCUGAUUGUAUUCAUUAUUAUAAACCAAUUAAUAAUGUGUAAUCAAUGUAAUUACGUAUUAAAAAAUAUUGUUAGUUGAAGUUUGGAAAAGUUGUUUGUUAAAUCAUAUAUAUUCAGUGUUAAUCUUUGGGAUUCUAUUUUACCCCUCAGUUCAUCUAUAGCAAGACUAAGUUUUAAUUUUAUAAAUGUUUAUUUGGUUAUUUUUUUAGAAUAAUCUUUGUUAGUUAAUUGUUUGACCUUGUGUAAUGAGGCUAUUGACCCCUUGAAUGCUAAGUUUUGAGCUUUGCUUAUUUUUAUAGUUAUGUAUUUAAUUAAUAUUAAUUGUACAAUUAUAUAAUUCCUUACAACGUUUACUAUCUAAUAGAAGAGUACAAUGUAUUUGUCCGUGGUUUUGCUUUUGUAGUGGUAUGAUAAAUUAGCACCAUUUCCUAAUUAUGAAAAUUGCUUUUCAGAAUAGUUAUACUGUUGAAUGCUCAGAUCCAGGAAAAUCUAAAAUUAAUGAUAAGUAUACGUCAUUAUUCUGUUAGUCUUCCUAGAGGUAAAGCAAAAUGCACAGAGGUAAUCUUGUGUAUUUAUGCUCAUUGCGAAAAUUCACCUUUUGCUCUUGGUAUAGUUUUAUAACUUGGUUAGUAAGAUUUUUAAUUUAUCAGUUUCCACGUUUCACAAAACUAGGUGGCUUUUUGGAAAUAUGAUAUCCCUCUAAGUGCUGACAUUGCGCUACACGAGGUUGGUGAACAUGGAAAACGGCAAAACAUCCAUAAACGAUGAUAUUUCACAAUGUAUUUUAUAUAGUAAUAAACUAGAAAAGUGGCACUAUUAAUUUAUCUACAUCCGUCUCAAUUUAUCCUAAAUGCUGUCUCAAGACUACAGAUGAUUUUACCUAAGCAUAUCGUCAGCUGGAAUUGUCAUUGCUUAUGGGAGUCACUCUUUAAGUGAGUUAUUUUGAAAUGAAAUGAAAAAAAUGCCUCUAUUAAAGAGGUGGAGUUUGGGCUAUCAAGCCCUAUCUACCACUCAUCCUCAUAAUGUAUACAGUAGAUUUACAAUAGUUUGUACAAUUGUGGUAAAUUAUUAACAUCGUUUGAACAGUAACAUAUGCUUUAAAUAGAAUAUAACAAAAUUGCUUAACCUAUACAGAAUGAAAUGAACUUAAAGUAAAAAUCAAUAUAUUGAAAUUAAUUUAAAACUUGAAAGGAAGAGUUUACAUAUAUUAUAAUAAAUACAAGAAAAAUUCAAAAUGUAAAGGAAAAGCAAAGUGACUCUUAAAACACCGACUAACUACAUGACCUCCAUAAGCAGCUCCACCCGUCACCCCCACAGGCCCCCCAGCAGCAAGUCCCUAACCCCCACCCUGAAGCGUGCAUGGUCCUCAAUAUGCAUGUACAUCUAAUAUCGUCGGAGAGAGUGUAAAAGGUCGGAACAGUAAAGAACCUAUUAAAGAGUGUUGAUCGAUGAAUUGGAAUUGAUAGUAAUGUGGUUUUUAACUUUGCCAAAAUGUUUUUUGUGGGCACAAACAACACACUUUUUUGCUUUUUCUAAAAAGUGUAAAUUGCAUAUAUUUUUAUCUGUAAUAAUUUGUAUUUAAUUUUUAAUUGAGUAAAUUUAGUGAAGUGCUAUUGCUAUGCUGUGAUAAAUGUGAAAAAGUAAAAAAAAACUUAACUGUUUCUCUAAAAAAAGUUUGAAAACUUUCAACACACAAUCGUAAGUAAUUGCAAUUAUUAUUUUAUCAGUCUGUAGCUUUUGCUGAAAACAUAUAUACAAUAUGUUACACUUUGUUAAUUUUUGUGUACUGAUUAUUUACUUUCAACAUAUGCUUGCAAAGUCCUAAAAAACUUGUAGCGCUACAAGUGAAUAUAGUCAGUGCUUGGAGGGUUUUAAAAUUUAACACAUGGAAAAUAUGUUUUUCUGAAUAUUUUAAGAUUUCACAAUUGGUUGUAGGAAUUCGUAGUUGUACUUUGCUUUCAGUUGGAAAAGCUUUAGAAAAAAAUAGUUUUUUUAUCUUAAAGUUAAAAGAGUGCCAUUAGGCUUUUGAGAACCAUUUUGGCUCAUCCCAAAUAUUACAGUAAAAAGUUACCUGUUGGUAUUGUUCUAUGUCCACAAAUAAGUUUUAUAUUUAUGUAUUGAAUACAUGUGUAUUAUUCUUCAACAGUUUUUAUAGUAUAAUUAUUAAUUUUAUUUGUAUUUAUUUUUACUGUUCUUGAUUUCUGUUCAAUAAAAAUGAUCAUAUUAAA